AUGCCCAUCAACAGUUCCCAAGAUACUGGCGUAACAGGCGCCGCCAAAUUUACGACUUCAACCCUCGGAAACCUAGUCGGUGGAGUCGGCCGCACCGUGGGCGGCGUCACUGGUGCCGCGACGCGCGGAGUCGGGGACACCAUAACCAGUGCUACAGGCAGCGCAGGCAAGCCCGUUGGCGAUGCACUGGGUAGCGCAGGGACGGGCGUCGAGGAUGGAGCGAAGAAGGUUGCAAAGGGGGUUGAGGAUGCUGGGCAGUGGAGAUGA